UCGACGCUCAGCUAAGCCUGGAACAUCAGUUCUCGGUCAGAUCGCAAAGUGUGAGCUUUUCGGUCAAUGCUGUCAUGUUCUGUGGCGGCACUCAACUUCCGGAUUAUUGCGCGGUUUCAAUGCUCAUCUUGCGCUUCUAGGAGCUGUGAUGCUUGACGGUUCCACAUUGCUGUUCUUCAAUGACUGAAGACGACUUUAAGAACGUCCAUGCGACCGCGCUGUGAGCAGGCCAGGUGAUCCUUAACGAGAUGGCGUAUAGGUGGCGCCACCUGCAUCCGGGUCCGCUUCUCCUCCGGCAUCGCUAGCGGCCCGGAGCCGGAAUGUUCCGCACCAGGGACAGCACCUCGGCUAUGAUCAUCUUCAGCGACUCCAACGAUGACAUGGGAAUCGUGUUCACGCUGGAGGGUCUCACCCAAGCGGGCAUCAUCUUCAUCAUGGCCAUUGCCAUCAUCGUCACCAACAUACUCAUCAUCGCAACCUUCCUCAAUUUCAGAGGUCCAUCGGAGGUGAUCAACUGCUACUUGCUGUCUCUGGCCGUAGCCGACCUGCUGUGCGGCCUGCUGGUGGUGCCCCUGUCCGUGUACCCGGCCGUGGUGCGCGAGUGGGUCUACGGGGACAUCGUGUGCCGGCUGGUGGGCUACCUGGAGGUGACCCUGUGGGCGGUGACAGUGUACACGUUCAUGUGGAUAAGCGUGGACCGCUACUUGGCCGUCCGCAAGCCCCUCCGCUACGAGACCCUCCAGACCAAGACGCGGUGCCAGUGCUGGAUGGCCUUCACCUGGAUCUCGGCGGCGAUGCUGUGCUGCCCCCCUCUGCUGGGCUUCAACCAGCCCGUGUUCGACAAGGACGCCUACAUCUGCAUGCUGGAUUGGGGCAGCAUGGCGGCCUACUCGGUCACGCUGUCCAUCCUGGUGCUGGGCCCCAGCCUCAUCACCAUUGUCUACACCUACACCUACAUCUUCAACAUGCUGCGGAAGCUGCGCAGCGGCUACGCCUUCCACGACAAGGAGUACGCCACAGCACUGUCGGAGAACCUCUCCAACCCCAGCCAUCUGAUGUCGUUCUCGCUGGUGGUGGCGUUCUGGGUGUCCUGGACGCCCUACAUCGGGGUCAAGCUGUACGAGUACUUCACCGGUGUUAAGUUACAAGUGCAAUUUUUACAUUUCGGGAUCGUCUGGUUGGGCUUCUUGAACUCGUUCUGGAAGUCGAUGAUUCUGAUCACGAUGAGUCCGCAGUUCAGGCUGGCGCUGAGGAUCUUCUGCAUGACGAUCUGCUGCAGGUACAAGGGCCGAAUGCAGGCCGAGCUGAUAGGGAUGGAAGCAGAUGACUGACUACUCUUUCCCGCCACCGGAUGUUUUCCGGGUUUCCCCAUCACAGGACUCGCAAUGCGAGACUAUGAGUACUUGCUGGAUAAAAUCAGGCGGUACUGCUGGCACUACUCCAGACGCAAUCAAUUUUACAACCAGUGACUCGGGACUUGAUCGAUGUGGCUGUAGAUACUUUGUACAGAUUUCAAGUGUUUUGUAUUUUAACAUUAACAGUCAAUUAAUAUUACUUGUAGGUUUUAAUCUCCGAGAUUAAGGAGCUCCAGGAGGUAGACAAGUUUUUUCGCACUUAUUUGCCCACUCUGGAAACGUGCAUAGAAUUAUUUGCUUAGUUGGAUUCGGGAAAUAUUAAUGCUUUAUUCACAAAGUUCAAACUUUUGUGGAAACUGCGUUAGACCAUCAUAUCAAGUCUGUAAGUGGACUAUUAACUUUGUGAUUAAACAGUCUUUAAAUUGUCUUUUUCAAUUACUCCAAAUCUCUACAAAUACACCAACAGUUUACAUAAAAAACGGAAAUAAAAAUUUUUACAGUGUAGAUAAUAUUCCACGUCUUGGCCACUGAAAAAGUCGCAUACCAAAGUAAUGAAAAAAUCUAAAAACAAGACAAAGAUGCUUUUUUAACAAAAACACAUCAAAAAAUAAAUAAAUAAAAUAAAAAAGGCAAAAAAUAUCUUGAUAAUAAUACAUAAAAGGCUUCACCUUUCCAUUUUUGCCUUAUUUGAUAGAAGAUAAUAGUUUUUUGCUUAUUUUGAAAAAUCACAGUAACUAUAAUAUGAAUUUAGUGUUACUUUAAACUCACUCUGUAUGUCCAAAAAUGCAGAAAUAUAGGGUGUUUUAUUUAAAAAAUAUAUACAUUUGUUUUGUAACAUUUUUUGAAUCAAAAAUUUUUGUACAAAUUUAUUUAAUAUAAUAUAUAUAUAUUAUAUAUAAUUAUAUAUAUUAUAUAUAUAAUAUAAUAUAAUAGAAUAUUAGAAAAUAGAAAAUAUACACAACAAACAUCCUAAAACAAAAUAAUAAACUAAUUAGUUAGGCAGAGAAUUGACUUACGAAAAUAAUGUAAAUUGAAGAUUUAAGAAAGUAACUUUCUCCUUUCAAGUUAUGAUGGCUUUAAGACUUUUUCUUGCAGACAAUGGUUUCUGUAUACUUACCUUAUUUCCUGAAGAAUUAUUGCUUAUUAACUUUCUCAUUCAUCUGCCAAGGUAAAAACUAUUAUAUAAAAAAAUUCUGAAAAUCAAAGAAACAAUUCUUUAUUUUUGCAGAUUUCGAGGCACAUUUGCAUUUCAAAUGUAAUUUCAAAUUCAAAAGAUUCAUAAUUGGAAAAACAAGUUAAAUUUUUUUGCCAGAAUUUAUCGAUCACCAACUACCAAAACAAUUCCAUCCAUGAUUGCUGAGUCUGGGCCGAAAAAACCGCUACCUGCUGGGCAAAAUGCAGCUUAUUUGGGAAGCUCAUAACGAUUUUACAACCCCCGUGUAUUGGCUGCUUAUGUGUAAUCAAAAAUGAGGCUUAACACCAACUUUUAACGACCGUUGUUCAAACUUUAUCGAGAUGCAGACCCAAACAAUGUUGGAGGACGAUAGUUAUAAUCAGGGUAACCAGCUGCAAUUGAAGCAUUUUUAGGCCUGCAUCUGCUUGAUCCGCAAACACAAUCAAACUUUUUCAUUACUAGAAGUGCAACGAAGCAAAACCCAAAAUUAUACACCGAUUAUUAAAUUGGACGUGAUGAUUUUAAUGUAGUUGUUAAGGAUGAGCUUAAAAUUGAGCAAUCAAAACGUAUUGCUAGAUCACACAUAAUAAGUUGCCUUGGAUUUUGUACUGAUCAUCCCUUUGAAAGAUUUACGUCGACACUGUGUUAGGUCUAAUGUUUCUCAGGCUAAAUAGACUUCAUGUUUUUAGAGCACAGUUUCUAAUAUUACCGAACAUGUUGAGAUAUUUAUUAUGUACAAUUGUUAGAAUGUUAGACUUCUCUUUAGACAUAUGAACAUUCUAAUCAAUGUAACAUUUAUUGGACAAAAUAGAAUAGGUUGUGUACUUUAAUAUUAGUUUUAAAGCCGAAUCUCUUUCUCAGACGCUUUGGGUAGAUUGGACGAUUCCAUUAAUUAUUAUACCAACAUUUUUUGCUGUAUCUCUAAUCAGAGCAUUAUUUCCAAGCAAUUUUAACCGUACCGUAGAUUUUGCUCAAGUACAUAAUAAUAUCCGACACACAACUGUUGCAUUAGGCAUUAGGCGAAGCGUAAAAACAAUCAACUAGUGUGUCCUUUUAAAACUUACUAUCAAACAAGUGAUAGUGUCACUGUACAACACUGAGAGUUACGUUGUGUUUUUACGUGUCUAGCCGGUUUCUGUUCAGCACAACGCACAGGCACGCAGAUGGGACUCUCUUUAGGCGACCACUGAAUUCUCCCAAUCUUUUAGGCAGAAUCCAAAUUUGAAACCGUUUUUUCACCAAAAUUCUAGUAAAAAUUGGUUAAAGAUUGUUAUUCCAUUCUUCCAAGCCAUUUACUUCUUACUCUAUGUCAGGAACAACCAUUUUUAAGUACCAUGGUAUAUACAGUUCUGUUUUAUCUAGGCUUCACCAUAGAGAUAAUAUUGAGAGAGCAGUUUCCCUUUUGUGCAAGUUCUUUCUGCGUGUCUUAAGAUCGGAGGGUGUUAAAAGCGGGAAUGUUCUAGUGUACGAAAUCAUCUUUGCAAUUUCUGUGCGUGGCUUUUGUCUAAUUUCGAUGUCUACGAAAUCUCAUCAUUCUGCGAAUGCUUAUCAACGUUUAGGUUAGUGUUGUUAUAGCCGUGCAUUGCAUUAUUCUAUUAUUAGUGAUGUAUCCAGUCGGGUAAUACCUGCUGAAUCCAUGGUGCAGGCGGCGCAUGUUUCCAUAUGGCCUACUCAUCAAGUUGGCGCGCACUUGCCGAAGCAAGUCGCUUGCUUUUGUACAGAGCUACUACAUCUUGUCGGUAAUCAGUAACCAUGUGUUAUUAUGAUAUAUACGAUUUGUUGUUAAUUUUUAAUUCGAUUAGCUGUUGUCCAGACAAAUAUCGAGACAUCAAUAAACGUUGUUUAUAUAUUCUGUAUAUAGCUACUAAAGGAACGGAGACGAUCUAUCAAAUCUCGCUCACGUUCCCUUGUGGUGGACAUCAUAACGUUGAAAGCACAAGAAGGUGCCACCACAUUGAAAUUAUUUGCGAGAUGCGAUGUCAUAUAUCACAGUCCAGUCAAGUGAACUAAUCGCUGCGCUCACUCGAUUUGGCAAACAUUAUGCUCGUUAAACAACUGAUUCGGAUGUCGCUUGCCUGGACUGUAAAAUGUAAAAAAGUGCACAUAAGGUUUGUGCUUUAUUUUAUGCAGUAUGCAGUAUUAACUAGUCCUUUUUGUCCAUCACUUUCAGUGUUAUCGAGAUCACUCUAUUGGGCUUUUAAGCCCAAUAAAAGUGGACUGUUGCAACCUUCGUUCACAUUCCAGAGGGAGGCAUUCGUACGAGAAGACUGACGUAGCAAUUAAUUGUUUUAAUUUGAACAGUCCUGCAUAAAAUAAAGCUGUUUUCUAACAAUGAAUAUGGCCAAUUAUAUACUUUUAGAAUAAUUCUUUUCACAAUAUAAGUGUGCUUUAUAAUAAAAACUAAUUAUUAGUAGUUACGUGAUGGUUAUCUAGUAGUUAACUAAGAAAAGAAAUUACGAUAUGUUACAGAAGGAGUGAGUUUUUAAGUAUAAAUAAAAAAUGUAAAAUAUUUGUUACGCUCACAACAGUCUAAUUUUGUACGUAGUCCGCUAGUUUUAUACCAUAGUUUUGUAAUGUAAAUGUAAGUAUUGACUUAUUAAAAGGUGUUCACAUGUUGUGUAAUAGCUUAAAUUUAAAUAUUUUAAAAUAAAAUUGUUUUGAAAGUUAA